CAGAGGUUAGCUUAUUUGGUAAUGUUGUUAUGUACCCAGCUGCUGAGGUGUGUGUUAUCUGUUCAUUAUUGUAACAGCUGUUGCUCUUUGAGACUUCUGUUACAUAAAAAUAGUGCAUGAAUGUGCUAUCGCUUGAUUAUUUGAUUCGUUUUGCACUUUUACACAUUUGUUUUGAUCGGUGAUAACUUCGACAUGCUAAUGCUAGCUGUGUAGCUACGUAGCUUGGUGAGAAGUCUCCUAAAUGUCAUGUUGUAUCGAAACCUGACCUUGUAGUAGCAGUGAGCUGGAAGGCGACUAGAAUGGCUUCUGCCAGAGCUAUGACAUCAACCAGGCUUCUGUGUUUAUUCAAUGCGACAGCAGCAGGGUCCAUCAAAACAUUAGCCAGGACAGGGUGCAAAGUGUGUCACAGAAGAAAUAUGAGCAGUUCACCUUCAAGGCUGCAGGGCUGCAUGUCAGCAUGGAUCAUUGAUCAGUAUGGCAGUAAUGGUGUUCUGAAGUACACAGAAGAAAUCACCGUUCCCACGAUUUGUUCUGCCACUGAGGUGAUGAUUAAAGUCCAUGCAGUUAGUCUCAACCCCCUUGAUGUAGCUAUGAGGGGUGGCUAUGGGGCUAAACUGCUGAAGUUAAGAAGAGAUCCAUUAUCUGUGAUGGACAAUGACAAUGAGUUCCCUCUCAUUCUUGGUCGUGAUUUGUCUGGUGUAGUAGUGGACUGUGGAUCUGGGGUUACCCAUUUUGCCCUGGGAGAUGAGGUGUGGGCUGCUGUUCCCCCAUGGAAACAAGGCAGCCUGGCUGAAUAUGUGACUCUAACAGAGUACGAGGUUUCCCAUAAGCCAAAAGUACUGAGCCACAUAGAGGCAGCAUCCAUUCCCUAUGUUGCCAACACGUCUCUGUCUGCACUUGUCAAUGGAGGUGGUCUUUGCAGAGACAGUUCUUCAAAUAAAAGAGUUUUAAUCACUGGAGGAUCAGGAGGUGUUGGAACAUUUGCUAUUCAGCUGUUGAAGGCUUGGGGUGCCCACGUAACGGUCACCUGCUCUCAGAACGCCGUGGGUCUUGUUAGAGGGCUGGGAGCUGAUGAGGUGCUGGACUACACAGCAGGAGAUGUGGUUGAACAACUAGAAAUGAUGGAGAAGUUUGACGUUGUUUUUGACGGCGUGGGUGGGGACACAGAGGAGUGGGCGAUGGGGCUGCUAAAGCCCUGGUCUGGUGCAAAAUACGUCACACUGGUAACACCUUUACUUCUCAACACCGACUCUAUGGGCCUAUUGGAUGGUACAUUGAAUGCGUGGUUCUCUCUGCAGAGCAAGGCCAUUCAGAAUUUAUUAUCCAGUGGAGUCUUCUAUAGGUGGGGAUUUUAUGCACCAGAUGGACCUGCCCUGGACGAAGUCAGCAAGCUGGUAGAUGCAGGGAAGAUCUUGCCUGUUGUGGAGGCCCAGUUCUCAUUUACUCAGGUGCCUCAGGCUUUUCAGAAGCUCGAGAAGGGCCACGCCAGAGGGAAGACGGUAGUCAGGGUGGCUGAAGAGGACGAUAGACAGACUGAAGAGCUGGUGCAGGACAGCAGCACGGAGACAGUAGAGUCAGUGCAAGAAACAGCCAAGCAAAGCUAAGUAGAGGAAAGCAGGUGCCUAGAGAGUUUCUGUUAUGAUCCUUUUCACCUCCCCUUCACCAUCAGCAGAGUGAGAGGUAGUCUGUUUUGUAGCAGACUGCAGUCGUGACCUGCGCUUGUAAUUAGAAGAUACCAGAAGUUGUAUCUCUUGUUAACGAGCCUUCUGUGAUGUACUCAAAGUUUUCAAAGUUCUCAAGUCGUGCUGUGUUCAUCAUGGUGAAAUUACCAAUGUUACCAGCUAAAUGCUUCUCAUGUCAACCAUGCAGCUGGAUAUGGUUACCAGACUUUUGGUAAUUAGCUGGCUGGUACAACAUUGUAUAAAAAAGCUUUUCUGUUACAAAUGUGGAAGAAACUAUUUGUUUUUCUUUCUUGGUUUAGUUACCCACCACUACCUUGUAUGUGAAAUUAUGUGGACAUCCUGUAAAGCUACAUGAUCUGAAAGGAAUAUAUCAGUGUAACUUUCGGGGAACAACAAACAGAUCUGAAAUGUUUUGUUCUUUGCAUGUCCAUUCCACUCAACUGUGCACUGUUUGAGGAGUUCAUUGACAAAAAUAGUUUUAUUAUAUUGAAAAGAAAAAAGUUCUAUGUUGAAUAGUUUUGAUUAAACAAAAAUAAAAUACAUGAUAUUUGUUUCCUUGUGUUGCAUGCAGCUGGAAAAAAGCAAUAUGUACUAAAUAACAGCACAUUUCAUUAAAAGAAAAUCCAAAAAAAGUUUUAACACUGUUUUAAGUUAAUAAAAAUAAUGCAAAAA